GCGAGCGGGCGGGUGCACGCGCAGUUUGGAGGAGUGACGCGGCGGCAGCUCGAGCGGAAGUCGCAAUAAUCUUCAUCGUCCUCUUCGUCACACGCGCACGACCGUCCGCGAAUAUUCGGCGACCGCGAGAAGAUGGCGGACAGCGAAGUGGAGAACAGCGGCGAGCUGAGCGCCAAGGAGUUGAAGGAGAAGAAAAUGGCGGAGGAGAAGAACGGCGACGACGCCACCGCCAACGGAAAAACUGACGAGGAGAACGGCGAGCGGGACAACGAGGCGGACGAAGACGACGACGACGACGACGCGGGAGACGAGGAGGACGAGGACGGCGGGGAGGGUGAGGAAGACGAGGACGAAGACGACGACCUGGUCACACCCACGGGCAAGAGAACAGCCGUCGACGACGACGAGGACGAUGAAGAUGACGAGGACGAAGUGGACCGGAAGAAGCAGAAGACGGACAAGUAGAACGCGGCCGGCGCCGGCACGUCCGACGACCUCAGUCCUCCCUUCCGAACGUCCGAAAGAGAAUUUGUUUGUAUUUUUAUUUACAUUUUCUAUUUUUGUAUAUAUUGUACGGAGGUCGGCCAUCUGGACGCGCGUCACCUCGGGCGCUCCCAAGACGUUUGAAACACCCGCAAGGCGCGCGGCCCCGCGGGGGUCAAGGGUCGAGGACGCGUUUUAGGUACGGCAGGGCGUCGCGGCACUUUGCCGCGUGUGUGUUCUUCGUGCUAGUUUGUCGUAGACGAGCAGGAUGUAGCGUCGUCGUGUCCUAGUCGCAAUGUUUUCAUGUCCUUCAUGUUACCUUGUUGGAAAAUAAACUCUUUGGAUUUUGUGGUUCCUCAACGGCGUGCGUCAAAGUACAGGGGAAGGAACGACAACCAAUGGCGGAAACGUAUCUUGAAAAAAACAACCCAAAAAAACAUUGCAGGUUCCAGGCCCGCACACCCUCCUGUCACAUUUUGUAUUUCAUGAAAACGACAACUAAUCAUCACUUCAAUCGAAUGAAAUUCAUUGUGCACUCGUGCAAACAAAAAAAAAAAAAAGGAAGAAAAACGUUUGAUAUGUAAUGCGGAAGUGACACCCCCCGAUUGAUAUUAUCUAUCGUGAAGUGACACGUGGAUUGGAGAUUUUCACGGCACGUUUGCGUUCCAUUGGCUGAAGCUGAGAUUGGGGGUUGCCACGGCGACCGGUGUCGUCCCGCAAGUGCUUUUCGCGACACAAGAAGCCGCGCACGCGCACGUCACUUCCCUUUCCAAACAA